GGCUGCGCGGGGAGGAUGCAAGACUGGGCAAGAGCUCAUUAGGACACGCUGAGACAGAGGGUCCGAGUGAAGAUUCCACUGCAGAGAGGGCAGUCCAGGUCAUCACAGGGUGACAUCUGGGGAUGAGGCUGGCCGGGGCAUGGGGCAGGUUUUUGAGCCCAGCAGUGUAAGCAGUCUCUGUCCCAAGGGAGGAAAGCCGCUGAGAGCUGCUGGGCCAGCAGGUGGGAGUGCUGGGCUGGCCUCAGGGUUUCUGGAAGGGGUAUUCCCGAGAAGUGAGGUGCUGCUCUGGGACUCUGGUGCCCCUGGGGCCUUCCUGCAGGGCGCUCUCAGCAGCCACCUUCUGUAGAAGCCAGGGCCACCCUGCAUGGGGGAUGAUGCCGCAUCCAGCACAGAGCCUUGCAAUCAGUCACUCUCCUCCCUCCACAAUAGCAGGGACCUCCCUGCCCGCCGCACCCCUGCCCCCCGCCCCCGCCCCCGCUCCCGCCCCGCCGUGGCUGUGCAGCAAGCAGGGGACAGUCCCAUCAGCAAAGUCGGGGAACUUCCAGGAAGCCCGCGUCCCCCUCAGCCUGCCUUUAGCCAGAAAAGAUUCCAAGCUCUGCUCUCUAAUUUGGAAAGCCAGUGUUUGCAUGUGGAGAUUGUUUUGCUAGACUCGACGAGGGUAGCAAAGCAACAGGAAGUGUUCCCCAGAGCUCCGCCCACGACUUGCGUGGCCCAGAGCUGGAUGGUCGUCCGUCCCACCAUGGCGGGUGGAUAAAGGUUCUUUUCCUGGGCUGUGUCAUUCCACCCAGAGCAAGGGAUAAGCCUGUGAUAGCCGUAAGUAAGUCAGGAACCACCACCACGGUUAAAGACCUUCAAGUUAAUUGUUGGAACCUGCGGCUCUAACACUUCCAGCAAAGCUACUUCUGCGAAAGGGGUGAAGAGCAGAGGAAAUGGGACAGGAGAGGAGCUGAAUCCUGCGAUUGUAUCGCUAGGAGCCCCCGAAGUACGAUAACGGUCCUCAGGCCAGCAUGGGGGUGCAUUGGCACCAUGUAAGGAAAGGGGCCCUCCCAUGGCACCGUUGGAGUGGGGCGGUGUGGGGUUGUUCGGAGAGAAGUGGGGUUGUUCGGAGAGAAAAGUUUCCCACGAGCUCUGUUUCAGCAAACGGCGAUGACCACUUCUGUGGCAACUUAACAGUCUUGCCUUCCUGCACGUGGACAUUUUUCUUCAUGCAUAUUUCUCUUGCAAAUGGUUCUAUCGUUUGUAUAAUUGUAUUUCGUGAGUGGAGAAGAGUUGGAAGCAAAAAUCUGUUCAUGAGAAAUAGCUUGUCAGAAAGAUUGGAGGUGCCAAGUAGCAGAGAAAGCAUCCCCCAGCUCUGACAGGGAGACAGCACAUGUCUAAGGCCCACAAGCCUUGGCCCUACCGGAGGAGAAGUCAAUUUUCUUCUCGAAAAUACCUGAAAAAAGAAAUGAAUUCCUUCCAGCAACAGCCACCGCCAUUCGGCACAGUGCCACCACAAAUGAUGUUUCCUCCAAACUGGCAGGGGGCAGAGAAGGACGCUGCUUUCCUCGCCAAGGACUUCAACUUUCUCACUUUGAACAAUCAGCCACCACCAGGAAACAGGAGCCAACCAAGGGCAAAGGGGCCCGAGAACAACCUGUACAGCCAGUACGAGCUGAAGGUGCGCCCCUGCAUCGACCUCAUCGACUCCCUGCGGGCUCUGGGUGUGGAGCAGGACCUGGCCCUGCCAGCCAUCGCCGUCAUCGGGGACCAGAGCUCGGGCAAGAGCUCUGUGCUGGAGGCACUGUCAGGAGUCGCGCUUCCCAGAGGCAGCGGAAUCGUAACCAGGUGUCCGCUGGUGCUGAAACUGAAAAAGCAGCCCUGUGAGGCAUGGGCCGGAAGGAUCAGCUACCGGAACACCGAGCUAGAGCUGCAGGACCCUGGCCAGGUGGAGAAAGAGAUACACAAAGCCCAGAACGUCAUGGCCGGGAAUGGCCGGGGCAUCAGCCAUGAGCUCAUCAGCCUGGAGAUCACCUCCCCUGACGUUCCAGACCUGACCAUCAUUGACCUUCCCGGCAUCACCAGGGUGGCUGUGGACAACCAGCCCCGAGACAUCGGACUGCAGAUCAAGGCUCUCAUCAAGAGGUACAUCCAGAGGCAGCAGACGAUCAACUUGGUGGUGGUUCCCUGUAACGUGGACAUUGCCACCACGGAGGCGCUGAGCAUGGCCCAUGAGGUGGACCCGGAAGGGGACAGGACCAUCGGUAUCCUGACCAAACCAGAUCUAAUGGACAGGGGCACUGAGAAAAGCGUCAUGAAUGUGGUGCGGAACCUCACGUACCCCCUCAAGAAGGGCUACAUGAUCGUGAAGUGCCGGGGCCAGCAGGAGAUCACAAACAGGCUGAGCUUGGCAGAGGCAACCAAGAAAGAAAUUACAUUCUUUCAAACACAUCCAUAUUUCAGAGUUCUCCUGGAGGAGGGGUCAGCCACGGUUCCCCGACUGGCAGAAAGACUUACCACUGAACUCAUCGUGCACAUCCAAAAAUCGCUCCCGUUGUUAGAAGAACAAAUAAGGGAGAGCCACCAGAAGGCGACCGAGGAGCUGCGGCGUUGCGGGGCUGACAUCCCCAGCCAGGAGGCCGACAAGAUGUUCUUUCUAAUUGAGAAAAUCAAGAUGUUUAAUCAGGACAUCGAAAAGUUAGUAGAAGGAGAAGAAGUUGUAAGGGAGAAUGAGACCCGUUUAUACAACAAAAUCAGAGAGGAUUUUAAAAACUGGGUAGGCAUACUUGCAACUAAUACCCAAAAAGUUAAAAAUAUUAUCCACGAAGAAGUUGAAAAAUAUGAAAAGCAGUAUCGAGGCAAGGAGCUUCUGGGAUUUGUCAACUACAAGACAUUUGAGAUCAUCGUGCAUCAGUACAUCCAGCAGCUGGUGGAGCCCGCCCUUAGCAUGCUCCAGAAAGCCAUGGAAAUUAUCCAGCAAGCUUUCAUUAACGUGGCCAAAAAACAUUUUGGCGAAUUUUUCAACCUUAACCAAACUGUUCAGAGCAAGAUUGAAGACAUAAAAGUGAAACACACAGCAAAGGCAGAAAACAUGAUCCAACUUCAGUUCAGAAUGGAGCAGAUGGUUUUUUGUCAAGAUCAGAUUUACAGUGUUGUUCUGAAGAAAGUCCGAGAAGAGAUUUUUAACCCUCUGGGGAUGCCUUCACAGAAUAUGAAGUUGAACUCUCAUUUUCCCAAUAAUGAGUCUUCAGUUUCCUCCUUUACUGAAAUAGGCAUCCACCUGAAUGCCUACUUCUUGGAAACCAGCAAACGUCUCGCCAACCAGAUCCCAUUUAUAAUUCAGUAUUUUAUGCUCCGAGAGAAUGGUGACUCCUUGCAGAAAGCCAUGAUGCAGAUACUACAGGAAAAAAAUCGCUAUUCCUGGCUGCUUCAAGAGCAGAGUGAGACCGCUACCAAGAGAAGAAUCCUUAAGGAGAGAAUUUACCGGCUCACUCAGGCACGACACGCACUCUGUCAAUUCUCCAGCAAAGAGAUCCAUUGAAGGGCGGCGAUGCCUGUGGUUGUUUUCUUGUGCGUACUCAUUCAUUCUAAGGGGAGUCGGUGCAGGAUGCCGCUUCUGCUUUGGGGCCAAACUCUUCUGUCACUAUCAGUGUCCAUCUCUACUGUACUCCCUCAGCAUCAGAGCAUGCAUCAGGGGUCCACACAGGCUCAGCUCUCUCCACCACCCAGCUCUUCCCUGACCUUCACGAAGGGAUGGCUCUCCAGUCCUUGGGUCCUGUAGCACACAGUUACAGUGUCCUAAGAUACUGCUAUCAUUCUUCGCUAAUUUGUAUUUGUAUUCCCUUCCCCCUACAAGAUUAUGAGACCCCAGAGGGGGAAGGUCUGGGUCAAAUUCUUCUUUUGUAUGUCCAGUCUCUUGCACAGCACCUGCAGCAUUGUAACUGCUUAAUAAAUGACAUCUCACUGAACGAAUGAGUGCUGUGUAAGUGAUGGAGAUACCUGAGGCUAUUGCUCAAGCCCAGGCCUUGGACAUUUAGUGACUGUUAGCUGGUCCCUUUCAGAUCCAGUGGCCAUGCCCCCUGCUUCCCAUGGUUCACUGUCAUUGUGUUUCCCAGCCUCUCCACUCCCCCGCCAGAAAGGAGCCUGAGUGAUUCUCUUUUCUUCUUGUUUCCCUGAUUAUGAUGAGCUUCCAUUGCUCUGUUAAGUCUUGAAGAGGAAUUUAAUAAAGCAAAGAAACUUUGUAAAAA